AUGGGAAAAUGUAUUAGCCACAUAACUAGAAAAGAUUGGUAUAAGAACUGCAACAAGGGUUGCUUAUAUUGUUUUGGAUAUAACUGUGAUAUGUGUGCAGUUGAUUUACAAGAUGGAUGGAAUAGAUGUUGUGAUGUUUUGUGCUUUUUUUGUACUUUUAGUUGCUGCUAAUGUUAAUGUACUCUAAUCAAAAAUUGCUACCAUGGAAUAAUGAAUAAAAUUGAGCCUUGCUGUAGUGCAUGUGGUAGACUAAAUGAUAAAUUACUUAAAUUUUGCUAAAAUGAAUGUGAUGAUAUGUGUGAAUGUCAUUGCUAUUGUGAGAAUCCUUGUAUAGUUAGGGAUGUGAAUAACAAAUAAUUUCUAGAAUACAUGUCUGAGUUUAAAAUAAAAGUUAAUUUUUACAAUGAUUCAAUAUUUGGAGAAGCGUGUAUCCUUUAGAAAUAAUCUACAGGAGAAUUGUUUACUGUGAAAGUAAUUUAAUACAAUAAUGAAAACAAAUUUUUGUAAGGAGAUUAAUAAUUUAAAAGAAGACUGCAAAUAUUUCAUCCAAAUAUUGUUAAUUUAAAACAUGUUGAAAGCUUCACUGAAGAUUCAUUUUGUAGUUUAAGAAUUAAAAAUUUUCUAUUUUUUGAUUUUGUAUUAAUGGAUUUAUAAACUGAGAUCAAUUAUCGAAAAAAGACAAAUUGUUUUUUCAAAGAAGAGGAGCUUUGGAAUUUAAUUGAAGGAACUUUACAAGCUUUGUACUACUUUUAUGAAAUUAAAUUGGAGCAUCAAGGUAUAAGAGCUGAUAGAAUAUAUGUUAGUUAAUUAGGCUAAUUUAAAAUAGCAGAUCCUUAUUUACUCUAAAGCUCUAAUAAUUUCGAUGAUGUUAAAGAAGCAUACUUUUAAUCUGAUACCAUAUCUGAAAAUAUUUUCUUAUCGCCUGACUAAUUUUAUAAAAUAACUUAAGAUGAUGAAUAUAAAGCUUCUAAUAAAUACGAAAAUAGAUUUAAAUCUGAUAUAUUUUCUCUAGGAAUGAUUUUUCUAUGUGCAGCAUCUCUUGAAAAUUUAGCUUCGUUGUAUAACUUUGAAGAUAGUUGUAUCGAUUUGCACAGUCUCAACUUUAAAAUAGAAAAUACAGCAUCAAGGUAUAAGUCCUAAAUUUUAGGAAGACUAUUGUUAGGGAUGCUUGAAGAAAAUUAAGACAAGAGAUUAGAUGCUAAAAAAGCGCUUUUACUUAUUCAAACUGAAGACAAAGUUAAGUAAUGUAUAAUAGAAUCUAGGACAAAUCAGUAAUAAUAAGGCCUAAAAGAUCUAUAAACACCAAUAAAAUAAAGGAGCUUGAGUGUUAUAAACGAGAUACUGGAGAAUGAUAACUUCCAUUUUUAAAAUAUUGGAAACAAUUCUUUUGAAGAUAAGAUUUCGAAUCCUCUGGAAAUGUCGAGAGGAGGAGGUGGUACAACUUCAAAUAAAUAAAUAACUAUUCAGAGUAUGUAGACACCAGUAAUGAGAAAUUAGACAAUCAAGCAAUUUAGCCCUUAUAAAUAAGAAUCUGAAUAGGUACUUAAAAGUUUUUAUAAUUUAGAGUACAAAAAAAUAGUUGAUGGUCAAAUCCUUAAUUUUUAAUUUACUGGCCUAGGUGAAGAUUCAGAAUAAAUUUAGCUGUCUGAUUUGGGAACUAUAGCUGUAAAUAAUACUUAAAAAACUCUUUUAGAGAGAUUGUGGGUUUAGUGUAAAGAAAGCAAAUUCAUUCAAAAAGUGAAUUGUUUUAAGAAAAAAAAAUAAAUUUCAGAACUGUCUCUAUCAUAAGUAAAAUUUGGAAUCUUAUUCAAUGAGAAUAGAGAUAUAAUUUACGAGGGAAACCUCUAUGAAGAAAAUAUCAAGCAUGGGGAAGGAAAGUUGUUUGAAGGAAGCUAGAUAUAUAUAGGAAAUUUUAGUUUUGAUAAAAAAGAUGGCAUUGGUAAAAUUACUGACUUGCAAGGACAUGUUUUAUUUGAAGGGAGUUUUGUGAAUGAUAAAAAAGAAGGUUAAGGAAUAGAAUAUAAUAUGACUUAUGAUGAAAAUUAGCUUAUACAUUUUAAAAAUUUCCAUAAAAACUGGAAAAAAUUUGAGGGCUAGUACUCAAACAGUAAAAAAAAUGGUGAAGGAAUUUACACUUAUCAUAACAAUCAUAAAUUUAAGUGUAAUUUUAUAAACAAUUUUGCUGAUGGAGAAGGGGUUUAUUUAAAUGAAUAAGAUUAAGUACUUUUUAAAGCUAUUUAUAAAAAAAACAAAAUUUAAAGAGUUAUUUAAAACUUUUCUUUAUAUCCUCAACCAUUAUCUACAGGUGGAGGACUUUCUCCAUAGUAAAAUUUAAACAAUUCUUUUGCUAAUUAAUCUCACCAUUCACUUUUGCAAUAAGAUUAAGUAAUUGAGAACUCUAAUCGUAUCAACAGUUAACAAGAGAUGUAAAAUAUUUAAAAACUAGUUAAACAAUCUAAAACAGUUGAUGUAAGCGACUCUAUUUUUAAAUGA